CUGAAUCAUUUCGUACAGCGAAGGUGCCGUAAGAGACAGCCGUGAUAUUGUUACAGUGGUAGAGCGUGCAACGCCUUCUCUACCCCUGUCCUAUUUGGAACUGAGGGACGGACGGUGAAAAUACAGGAAGAAACAGUAUUUGUCCUACCAGUGCUGUCGGUCUGUGAAUCUUUUCACUCUCAUAUCUCUUUUUUCUGCCAAACAUUGGAAUAUGAACUUUUAGCUACCUGCACUACGUUUCAUUCGGACAUUCAGAACAUUUUUGCGAAGGAAUUUUUGUCUGUUGAUUUACACUGUUGCUGAGUCUUCGUUUAGGAGAAUCGUUUACGCAGUAUGGCAUAACUGAUGGAUGAAACGCAAUGCGAACAUUAAAAGGCAGUCUGACUUCCAUAAACUUUUCUUCGUCGUAUGUUUCAUUUCGGAUUUAAUUCCAUCUGGCUUUGGAAUUAUCCUCUGCGGUUCCUCUAUCACUGUUUUUAUUAAUUGUAUAACCAUAAAAUAGUGUUAAUAAUGCGUCAAAAUUCUGGAGAGACCUCAAGGCUAUUUCCGUGCUUGCACCAGGACACUGAGGCACACUGCAUGGCUGGACUCGGAGACUAAAAUACGGGGACAAGGUUGCUCACCCUUGCCAUACCUCCGGAGCGCAACGGCGGGCAGGUGUGCCUUGUGUGCGCUUGUUGUCGGCUGUCCACCAGCUCCGCUGCUUGAGCGGGUUGGUAGUGGAUAUUAACGGUACCAUCCGAGGAGACCGCGUGUCAUGCGGGCUUGGAAGUCAAGUACUAGAAGGCUUUAAACCCGUGGACAGUCGCUGAUAGAUACGAGGAUAUGGGAUCCCUGAUGCAAGGCAGGUGGCUAAUGGUGCCACUGCUGUUGCAGGCCUGGCUGUUAGCAUCUCCAAGCAGUGUCCGUGAGCGUCCGUGUCCUCAGAGCUGUCGCUGCGAUGGGAAGAUAGUCUACUGCGAGUCCAACGCUUUUCGUGACGUGCCAAAGAACGUCUCCAGUGGGUGCCAGGGCCUGUCUCUGCGUUACAACAGCCUGGUGAGCCUCAGGGCUGGGCAGUUUUCUGGUCUCAGCCAACUCAUCUGGCUCUACCUGGACCAUAACUACAUCAAUUCCGUGGACAGUCAAGCCUUCCAAGGUGUACGGAGGCUCAAGGAGCUGAUCCUGAGCUCCAACAAGAUCACGCAACUCCAAAAUGCAACUUUCCACGCUGUGCCGAACUUACGCAAUCUUGACCUGUCAUACAACAAGCUGCAGGGCCUUCAGCCUAACCAGUUCCAGGGCCUGCGCAAGUUGCUCAGUCUCCACAUUCGCUCAAAUUCCCUGAAAAGCGUUCCUGUACGAGUCUUUCAGGACUGUCGCAACCUAGAAUUUCUGGAUCUGGGCUACAACCGAUUACGUAGCCUCACUCGUAAUGCUUUUGCAGGACUGCUUAAACUGACGGAGCUUCACUUAGAACACAACCAGUUCUCCAAAAUCAACUUCUCACACUUUCCACGCCUCUACAACCUGCGAGCACUGUACCUGCAGUGGAACCGUAUCCGGUCAAUCAGUCAGGGUCUCACCUGGACCUGGACCUCUUUGCAAAAACUAGACCUCUCUGGAAAUGACCUGCAGAUUGUGGACGCCAGCAUCUACCAGUGCCUGCCUAACCUACAGACACUCAAUCUGGACUCCAACAAGCUCAGCAAUGUGUCUCAGGACGCAGUGGUUGCCUGGAUCUCCUUGACCACCAUCAGCCUGGCAGGCAAUGUGUGGGAUUGCAGUCCCAGCAUCUGCCCCCUAGUGGCCUGGUUGAGGAAUUUCAAGGGAAACAAGGAGACCACCAUGAUUUGUGCUGGACCUAAGGAGGUCCAGGGGGAGAAGGUGAUGGACGCUGUGGAAACUUACAGUAUCUGCAAAAUCACUCCGGCCCCUGCUAUCUCAACACCAUCCACUCUUCCAAACACUCCUUCCAAAGCUGAACGUUUUCCCAUUCCCACUUUAUCAAGAGUGGGUGAGGGGCUUUCCCAGGGUAGUUUACCCAGCCCCACACCCUCAGGGGCCACCUCAACCAUCCCAGAGCAGUUUGAGCACGUUUCAUUCCACAAAAUAAUUGCUGGGAGCGUGGCACUCUUCCUGUCAGUGGCCAUGAUACUGCUGGUGAUCUAUGUGUCGUGGAAGCGCUACCCCAGCAGCAUGAAGCAGCUGCAGCAGCACUCCAUGGUCCGCAAGCGCAGGAAAAAGGUGCGGGAGACAGAACGCACCCUCAACUCCCCCCUGCAGGAGUAUUAUGUGGACUACAAACCCACAAACUCUGAGACCAUGGACGUGCUGGUCAAUGGGACAGGCUCCUGCACCUACACCAUCUCGGGCUCCAGAGAAUGUGAGCAGAUUCCACACCAGGUGAGUGCACUGACAUUCUACAGAUAUGAGCAACCCAUAGUGGACUACUGCCAGGCUCACCAACCACUGCAUCUCAACAUGAACUACGAGGGUCCCCCCCAGGGACUGGAGGACCGGGUUCCACGAGAGCGUGGGACCAUUCAGACUAUUGCCCUCCCCACCGUGCCUGCAGCUCCUCUCACGGACCCCCGGACCCCCCCACAGUGAUGUCUGCUGAGGAGGGGUGCACUGUCCCCGUUUUCCUCCCUCCGAAUGGGUCAUGACCAAAACUGAGAACGCAACCCAGGCUGGCAUGGAUAUACGGAGGAGUGGUGACAACAGUGGGAACUGCAGGGGCCUUAUUGAUGGAAUCAGCUGCAAGUUUCCUUUGUGUUUGGUAGCUCUGAACAGGGUGCAACUGUAGUGAAGCAGUACAGGCUAUCACUGUGGUGGGAAUGAGAAAAUAGCUAAUUAAAGGCUGCGGUAAGAUGCUGUAUCUUACAUCCAAAUAGUUACUCCUAAUGUUCUGUGACUUCUUCAUUUUGGAAAGAAGUGUCUUUUCUGGGUCUUGUUUUUUACCGUUUGUUCGUGAAAUCAUCUACAGCUGCCUAGAAAAAAAAGAAGAUAUCUAAAUAUUUAAAUGUAAUUCAAUUAUCAUUAUUGCACUUACUGCCUCAGCUAUAUACAGCUCUUUAUUUGAGGAAUUAAUGCUGGCACUCUCCCAAUGUCGUGCAAGUAAUUAAAUUGAGUCUGCAAAGAAUCUGGAAAAUGUUGCGAUGGGGAAGACAAUUGCAGAACAAAUUCAAGUUUAACAGAGCUCAAAGGUUUCUUGCUGUUGCUUCUAAUAAGGUUUCAAUCAGUGGUCGGACAUGCAGUCAAAUAUUUACCAUUAUUAGAUUAUUAGGGGUGAGCUGUCCCGAUUAAACUAUUCAAAGUGGGGUGUGGAAAAUGUGUUGAAUUGAAGGGUGUGAAAGCGUAGUGACAAAUUGAAUGUCCUACAAAAGUCAUGUAUCUAUGCUAUUUUAAAUGCAAAGAAUGCCUUGCUUAUGUUAUUUGCUGUUUAUUUUUUAUUUAUUUAUUUUAUUCUUUGAUUUUUUUUUUCUUUUGCUGCUGAAUUUUUCCAAUACCAGUAUUAACCUCUGUGUGACCUAACACACUACUUGAGUUGACACGCUGAUGUAGCCUUUGGUGAGAAAAGCACUAGCCAACUCUUUUUGGACAAACAUUACAAGGACUUAGUAACUGCUGAACCCACAACAUAAUAAUUUACUCAAGGUUGCUCGCUCCUAAUAAUCUAAGAAGUUUGCUGCUUAAAUGUAAAAGUAAUGAUUAUUCGCCUGACACCCAAAUACCCGUGAACUUGUUUAAAUCUAUUAAGGAAUUUGCCAGUGACUUUGGGGCUUUCAUUUUCAUAUAACUGAUAUGUACAAGAUGCUUUUUUACCAUGACCCUGUAGCCCAGUUGAUUCAGUAGUGGGAGGAUGCCUGUAAAAUCUGCAGUAAACCCAGAUGCUUGCAGACUGAAGAAGCCUGAGUGUGCCGUGGUGUUUUAUAUGAAGAAUAUACACUGAAGGUCACCUGGGCCCAACUGCCCAGCAGUAUUGAUCGUUCUCCGUGCUGUCUGUCACUUGUGGACGUAUAGUCUCUGUUCCUUGGCCCGAAACCCAAUCUACCCAGUUCUAUGACGUACAGUCAGCAGUGCAGGACACAGGAUGCUGGAAGGCUGGACCAGGGGGACACAUCAAGGACCUUCUGUGUGACCCCACAAAAUAAAGGGACGCUCUUCAGGUCACCUGACUUUCGAAGAUGCUGAAGGAAUGUCAAAAAACCUAUCUGAAACAAAAAAAAAGCCCAGCUGGACUUGUGAAUCUUGUAAAUAGAGAGUAAUAAAAUAAAGAAAAAACGAUGUCUUUGCUUCUUCAGAAACACAACCUCCUGGAGAAGAGGAGCCUUAUCUUAAAUCCAGGUGAGCCCAGAUAGAUAGCAGGGUGUCUACUGUAAAAAUGGAGAUUUGAGGUUGUGAGGAAAUUUGCAAUAUUUUGCAAUAUUAGCUUUCUGGUUUUAUGAUGGAUAUAUAUGUGUUUUCUUCUGCUUUAUUCCAUAUUACAUGUUUUUCUGUUCUGUCAAAUCAUAUAGCCUACAGCUACAUUCCAAGGAAGUCGAAGUCCAAACCAAUGAUCUUGCCUUUACGUUGAAAUAAAAUCACUUAUAACGUGAGUGGUUUUGGAAAUUCUUUAGAAAUACACUUUUUAUUCUUAAACAUGCCAUUGUCACUUUGAGAAGGCAGAACUUUUGUUGGAAAAUGUUAAGAAAGGCUGUUGGUUAUGUUAAAUGUACUGUGAACAGUUAGCUUUUCAACAGCAGUGUGGGCGUAAAGGAUAUUAUUAUUUUGUCUUGAAAAUUACUUUGUAUUUUUAGAUUUAUCUUCAAUGGAGAAAGAAUAAUUGCUUAUGAAACACUAAGCAAAUCUGAGAGAAGAUCUAAUAUCAACAUACCAAUACCUAGUGCUGGACCCAUGAAACUGACAAAUCAACAUCUUAAAAAUGAUUAGCCAGAACAUAUGGGCCCUAUUAAACUCCAAGCCCUCCUUUCAUUGCUUUAAUAUGCCAUGAAGACUGAGUAAACCUGCUCUUUCCCCUGUCUGGAAAUUAAAUGCAAUACGAUAUCAAUUAAUUUGCAUAGUCGGUAAUGAGAAAAUGAAUCUGCAGUCUAACAAAAACUGGACAUUGCACCCUUGAUAGCCAAGUCCACAAGGUUGAGCUGGCGUUUGUUGCUAUUAUCUGCACUUAUACCCACUCUUGGGGUUCUUCAUUUACUCAGUGCCACUCUCCCAUUUGAAGUCUUUUGCAACACCUGUCAUUGAAGUUCCCAGCAUGCAUCAUGCUUACUCAUAGUAUUGAAUUAGCUUGGGCUGUGAGAUUUGUGGUGCUGAGUUAAGCUGCCUGUGUAUUUGUUGAUUGCAAACUGAAAUCAAUAUAAAUAAGCAAGAGUGCAACAGUUAAGCUCAGCUGUCAAUCAGUGUACAUGUACAGAACAAAAGAGAAAAGAAAGAUCAAUUUCCACUGAAGGCUUGAUUGAUUGCUGUUAUCUCUUAAUUGUUGUUUGAAUACAUUGUACAUCAUAAAGUUGAAUAUUUAAAGAACAGGAGGAGAGAUGUUAUCUGUUGCUGUGAAUUGUAAGUUUUAUGAAAUGUCGUUUGCAUUAAUAAUGGCCCGUGAUGUUACUUAGCUUCCUUUUGGUAUCUUUACAGUACACUGCAAAUUAUUACAUAAUUGCAUCUCAUUUUUGUUAAUGUAAUUGCAUUUAAAUAUUGCUCAGCCACUUUUUAAGAUUAACACUAUGCGCGUAUGCAAUUACACAUUACGUCUAAGGAAACAUUCUUGACUAGUCUUUUUCACUGUUUGAAUAUGGGCAGAAAUAUUGGAAUCCUAAUGCUGAUGUAAACGUACCAUGAUGACAGUUAAAAGAAGCGAACCGAGACCACCGCAGAGGGGUGGCGGUCACCAAUCAUUUGGAACUGAAGGUGUAUUUAGGAUGACAGUCCAGUGAAAAUUUGUGUGCGCUGUGAAAGCGAACCCGUUGAGCUGCGACAGCCAAUGAAAGAGCGCCAGGCUGUGAGCCUGAUGGGUUGCGAGAUUCCUUAUUCGCUUCCGGUCCAGCCACCUCAUGUUCUCCAGAUGUCGCCCGUGAAUCCUUUCUAACCUGAAAGGACGGCACUGUUUACACACUGUAAAGAGAGAUUGCAGUACAUAGGGUGUCUGUAAUCACCGUCCUUUCUGUUCGUUUUCCAGAACACAGUUGUGCUGUGUGAACCCAAAUAGAAUUCUGGUGUACAUGUCACAAUGUAGAAAUUUGCCAAAAGAAGCAGUCUUUAUUUUGUUAGCUAAUUUUAAAUGAAAUCUUAAAAUGAAUUCCCCUGGGCUGAAAGGAGACAAAUCUAAAUUGGUAAAAAUAAAUAGUUUAUUAAAGAUGUAUUACGAUUGAAAUCACUUGUGAUCGCAAUCAGAUGUGAAAGUGCCCUCAAUUACCUUAAUGUACACAAGAGUUUAAUUUGAUGCCUGACACAACCUUAGUUACACUGCAUUACUGGCAGUGCAUACUGCUUAUGUAACUGUGAUGUAAUUCUGGAAGAGUUACUGUAUUUUUGUUCCACUUGUUUCUUUUGCGCUUUAUGACAGUAUUCUGCGCAUUUAACAUCAUGUUGUGCAGCUUCACAUGACUUGAAAAUGAGAAAGAAAUGGAGUAUGGAGGUGGGCAUAGACAACACUGUGCAUGAGACAUAACCCAGACUCUAUCAUUUAGAAACAUAUUCGUAAAACUGGGGGAUGUUUUUUACCAGAUGCUGAGCAAAUAAUUGAAAUAGCAUUUCCAGUGAUUAUAAGACCUGACGAGUUGUGCGUAUUAUAAAGUGAAGGACACAGUAGCUAUCUCUAUGGCAUUCUAAUCUGUUGCUGUAAGAAUUAACCCACAGAGUUUGUUACCUUACACUAACUAUGACCAGCUAUGAGACAAAGAUGAAACCAUAGAAUCGCAUUCCCUAUCCAUCCGCAGCGCUGGUUUUAUGUUUCUUAUUCUGUGCACACCUGGUGUUCCCCAGGCAGGGUAUCUUUGACUGUUAAUAAAGAACUAUCAACAUAGGGCCAGUGUGAGAACCACCCUCUUUUCCUAAGCUGCGAUGAAAGACCAUCUCUGAAGCUGGCUGUCUUCUCAUUUCCCUUAUCUUUGUUCUGUACAAUGCAAGGAUAACAGGAUUUUCCAAGCUGUGCAACAGUGGAUUUUUGGUUAGUUUUCAGUUUCCGGCUUUAUUUUUUUUUAUUUAUUUGUUUAUUUUUCGGAGUCUGAUUAAAAUUGACACCUGCAGCAAAAAAGAAAAGUUUGGCUUGUUUUUUCCCCAGAAUUUGUGGAGGACAGAGCAUUCAGACUCUCAACUGGCCCUUGAAAACAGAGAACAGAUUUCAAUCACACUCCUUUAGAACUGUUAUUGUGAUCUAGGCAACACUGCUUCCCCUUCCCUUUAGGCAUAGUCUUGCAUCCCUGCUGGAAUGUCUCAUUUGACCAAAAGGAAUGUGGCCAGUGGGUUGAGCAUUGCAAGGAAGCACACUUUUACUUCUUAUCUCUGUUCUUAUAAACUACAAAAUGCAGAUCCCCAGACAUAAAGACAGACAGAGAGAAUGAGAAUGGGAUACAGAAAAGAGAAGAUAUAGCUGAUGAUAUCAUCUGUGGCAUUGGGGAACGAGAGACCAGACAUUAAACAAUUGGUUCUUGUCAAGCAUGGCUCAGGGGGAGAUUGUCAUAAACAGGCCAAGAUGCUUCUGUUACGGCAAUGUGAAUGAAAACCCAGCAAAGCUACACAAUGUUUUCAUCUCAUUAUUGAGAUAUGGCCCAUGUCCAUCGGUGGAAAGAACCGAGCAGCAAAUGGGUUUGUUUCCGUAUUCUGGCUUGUCAGUAGACUAUAUAGUAAAAUCAUUACGUAUAUAACUCCCAAACACAUGUCCAGCAGUCUCUAAUGCAUGUGUUCAAUUACCCAUCAGUGAUUUUGGGUUUUUGACUAUGACCGAUUCUAAAAUAAAAAUUUGACGCCUGGUGCUUUUGCUUUUCUCAGCAAUUUUAUCAUUGUGCUGUGAUCCUGCUGGGCCAAACAUUUGGUGUAAGUCAUGUUGAAUUGUUAUGUGUGAGUAUGGUCUAUUGUUUCUUGCUGAGGCCUUGCAUAGUUUCCUUCAGCAGCUGUAUCCCCCCAUGGUUCUUACAGAACAUUCUAGGUGGUUGUUUGGAUACUGUGCUGAGAGAGAAAGACAAGAAAAUGUACAUGUAAAUUUUUUUUACUGUAUCACAAAUGCAGUAAUCCAGCAUCUGCAUCAUAAAGCUUUUUGCCUUUUCCAGCAUAACCACAGGAUGUAAAUAGCUUGUAUCACCCCGAGGUCAAUUUCCAAAAUAAAACAUCUAUUGC